UUAGUUCACUGCUGGAAAAUACCUGUAAAUUAGUGCUUCUCAAGGAAAAAAAUUAAAAUUAAGGGUGUCCGAGAAACGGCAGUGAAGAAGCUUUAAGCAAAGAGCCUUUUCUCUUCUUCGUUAAUGGCAGAUCUUUCGUUUUCUUGAUUUGCAUUUUGAGUUUACGGCCUCGUUUGUGACUUAACUGAGUUUAAUUGUUCUGCUGAGUUGAAUUAGGAAGUCAUCGGAGAUGCUGGACGGAAUCUUAGGCCGUGGUUUUGCCUCCAAAUGUAAGUCAUUGAUAAAACUGAUAAAGAGUCGGAUCGAUGUAAUAAGGAGGAAGAGGAGUGCGACGCUUAAGUUUUUGAAGAAAGACAUAGCUGAUCUGCUCGCUAAUGGCCUUGAUAUUAAUGCUUAUGGCAGGGUGGAAGGAUAUAUAGCUGAAUUGGUCCUUUCCUCUUGCUACGAUUUUGUUGAGAAAUGCUGCGAGUUCGUGUCGAAGCAUGUUUCACUUAUGCAAAAACUGAGUGACUGCCCCGAAGAUUGCAGGGAAGCUGUUUCAUCUCUGAUGUUUGCAGCUGCAAGAUUCUCUGAUUUGCCAGAGUUACGCGAUCUUAGGCAAAUAUUUCUUGAAAGAUAUGGAAAUUCCCUGGAAUUAUUUGUCAAUAAGCAGCUUGUCGAGAAUUCAGCUUCAAAUUCUUUCACAAUGGAGAAGAAAGUCAAGGUAAUGCACGAUAUAGCAUCAGAGUUUACCAUAAAAUGGGACUCUGAAGCUUUUCAGCGAAGAAUGUCUAAACCUACCGUGGUUCCACAGGACCAACCUAAAAGUUAUGGGUCUUCCCAUGUCAAUGGUCAUAAUCAUAAAUCAAAAGAUGGAAGAAGUGCUGGUUCACAAGACGAUAAAGUUAAAGUUUUGUCUAAAGAAAAACACGAAGUAGGUAAGGGUGAGCGUAGACGGGGCAACUGCAAGGAGGAUAAUGUCUCAAAAAGGGAUGAGAUCAUCUUUCCACCUAAACAGGAAUUUGCUGUUGAGGGGUACCAGCCACAUCAUGGCAGGGAGCAAGCUUCUGCAAGGAAGAAUGAUCUCAACAUUCCAUCAUGGCAAAAACAGGAAGUCUCUGCUGGUAAGGUUGAAUUUUGGAAUGGGAAGGAUGAUGUUGCCUUCAAAACAGCAAGAUUGAGCAGUUCUUCUCAUGGAAAAAUAAUGGAAAGAGCUGAUGGUGGAGCCAAACUACAAGAUGGUAGGCAGAAUGGUACGCCUAGAAUAUAUAACCAAGAUGUUCUACUUCAGAGAAAGCAUGAUCUAAGUCCUAGUUAUGCAGCUUCAUGGUCCAAGGGUGAGGAAUUCGCUGCUGAUAACUCUGGUCACCAGUAUGGUUUUCCAAAUGCUACAAGAAAAACUGAUGAAGAAGAUGAACCGAAGUGGAAGUCCCACUUUAAGAGUGGUAUCCCUCCUCCUUAUGUUAAACCAAGUACCAAACCAAAGGAUCACAGGCAUGAUGCCAAUGUGGGAUCUUCACUUGCUGGUUUUGACAGCAAUGGGGUGUCCGAUGAUCCUUCAACACAUGACAGGGCAUAUGUGGUUAAUAGGACAGAUAAGUACAAGGAAGGGUUAGAUCAUCCUGGUAAAGAACAGCAGAUAAUUCCGCCUGUUAGAGUGAAUAGUCAUGAUCGUGAUCGUGAGAAAGAUUAUUACUAUAAUCAUGAUGCAAGUGAUGCCCCUGUACCAAGACGAAGAUCAUCGAGAAGGCGACAUUCGAAAUCAACUUCUGGUCUUACUGAAGUUGAUAAUGCUGAAGAUACUGAAUCUGCAAGGAGAAAACACAGAAGCAGGAAAAGAGAUGACUCAAAACGAGGUCUGCAAAUUUUAUUCGAUGAUGAGCAGCAUAAAGACAAUGAGGAGGAAAGGAUAAUUGACAAGCUGUUGAUACAUUACAGUAAGAAACCGCCAUCUGGUGAAGAGGGAAAGAUAAGAAGAAAGUCUAAAAGUCAUCAUGCACAUCAUAUGGGAAGUGAUGUGGGUGAAGCUCCUCAGAAAUCUAGUAGGAAUACAUCCGAUGAUAUGUCCGAGACCAUUUCCCGUCCAGCCCGUUCAAUAUCUCUCCCUCCUGCACAAACAGCUGAAUCAAAAGGAACCAAAGUUUAUGCUCGUGCUAGCUCAUUCGAGUCUGAUAGGUCGAGUGCAGCCCAGCAUGUGCAUCCAAAGUUACCAGAUUAUGAUGAUUUGGCCGCUCACUUUGCAGCAAUGAAAGGGAGAUAAAGCUUUGGACCUUUCUGUGUCAUUUUUUUCUCCAAUCACUAUUGCGUUGCUUCCAUCUUAAAACUUCAUUUAUUUGCUUAGCUGAGUUGGCGCUGCUGCUGUCUUCUAGUACCCCUGCCUGCAUAUUGUUGGUCCAUCGCUUGCCAUUGCUAUUGCUUGGUAGUUUGAGUAUAUUUUCUUAUGUGCUUAUAGCACUUUUAUUACUACUUCUAUGACCAACGGCUGUAACUAGCAUUUAUAUACUUGCUGAUUCUUUUUAUUUUACAUGAUUAAGGUGGUAAUUGUGGGCUCA